UGCCUGAUAAGAUAACUUUACGAGGACAGCGAGAUCAAAUGUUCGUGACAAACUGUCUUUCACAUCUUAAAGUAUGUGUCAAAAAUGAUGAGACUUUGGUUCAGAAGCAUUAGUCACGCUGCUGACAUGCCUGUCUUGUCUGUCUCUAUCUUAUAAAUACACCACAACAUCACUGUCAGUACACAGUGGGCGGGAGAGACAGGAAGAGAGGAAGAUGUCACAGGUGAAGGAAAUAAUGACGCAAAGGAUGGGUAGAGAAGAGAGCGACACACCUUAAAAAAUAAUAGUUGGGGGGGGGUCGAAGUUGUAGACAACAAAUACUUGGCAUUUGGUGUGGUCUCUACAGUGCUAAAGAAUGGUGAUGGAACAGUUCUUUGUGGCUGUGCUAAUGAUGUCUGCACACCUAGCAGUCUCAUAUCCUCUGACUACAGAGAGCUAUUACAUGGAUGGAGGGAGACAAUGCAGACUGUGUCCACCAGGUCAUUAUCAGAAGUCCUGUUCAGAGUGCUCUCCCUGUCGAGAUGGUUCCUACACAACACGAUUGAACGCAGAGUCCAGUUGUCAUUCCUGCUUUAAAGACUGCAAACGUGAUUUGCACCUGGUGGAGGAUGAGCCGUGUACUUCUAUAUCGAACGCUAGAUGUCGCUGUGAGGCUGGUUUUACCUGCACUGACAAAGACGACCAGACAGGAAACUGUAGAGACUGUGAGAAGAUCCCUCAGCUGCCGCCACCUAGCAAUGUAGUGGGCAUCAGAAACAACCAGACAGGAACUUCCUCUGAACACAGCAGGACUUCCUCUUCCGCUGGACGCUGUCAACCUCCCAAGUGUGACACUCCACAAUCACCAGUCUCACAAGCAGGCAACGCCACUCAUCACACCACAGCUGACACCAGCAAACACUUGGCAGCCAUUUUGUGUCCUAUGGUGGUCAUUGGAAUCCUAGCCGUUAUCAUUCUGUUAUGUAUCCGUCGCCCAGGAGAUGAAGCCUGUUUCAAACAAGCUCUCAAGUUCUGUAACAAGGGAGUAAGAGAAGCGUCGCCUAACAAGACCAAAGAGCCAACUCAUCAACACUGUUCCAGAGAGACACAGACCAGAAUUAAGCACCAGACAGUGGAUCCACCACCUUUUACAGCAGCAAAUAUGGGCCCAGUCCAUGUCCACAAUGCUGGAACAGUCAUCUUCAGUUUACUCAACCAGUUCACUGGUAUGGGUGGAGGGACGGAAGAGAGAGGGCAGAAAGAGAGGGAUGAGGAAGGAGAAGGACGUCCGGCCCACCCCACAUCCUCCCCUAACAUCCAUCUAUCCCAGGAGGAAAGGGAUGGAGAGAUGGACUGUAUAUUCUUCCCUUCACAGGAACAAGGGAAGGACAGUCAUGUUUCUAAAGAGGAGGUGCAUUGUGGGGAGGGAGAUUGAGGACAGAGGACGCUCCAAGUGAAAGCUUCCCUUCUAGGAUCAGUUUAGCCAACCCUACAUCCUAAUGUUAAUCAUAAGGAGGAUUAAGACUGGUCUGACCCUGGAUCAGUGGUAAGGGACAUCAUCUACCUGGGGGUCUAUUCAGUCUGUAUCACUGAAGUGUUACAGAUUGCUUGAUAGAAAUGUAAAGGUCAUUUUGAUUGAGCCAACAUAUGGAGUGUUUAACGUGGAUGCAGUCUCCACUGACGCGAGAACAUUGCCUUUACAUUUCUAUCAGGCUGUAAAGCUGAACUUCUGAGAUACAGAUUGAAUGGAGCCCUUACUCUCAGAAGAACACCGGUGAAUCCCAAAACUCUAGAAUGGCCAUUAUUUCCUGUCCCAAAACUCUAGAAUGGCCAUUAUUUCCUGUCCCAAAACUCUAGAAUUGCCAUUAUUUCCUGUCCCAAAACUCUAGAAUUGCCAUUAUUUCCUGUCCCAAAACUCUAGAAUGGCCAUUAUUUCCUGUCCCAAAACUCUAGAAUGACCAUUAUUUCCUGUCCCAAAACUCAAGAAUUGCCAUUAUUUCCUGUCCCAAAACUCUAGAAUUGCCAUGAUUUCCUGUCCCAAAACUCUAGAAUUGCCAUUCUCUCCUGUCCCAAAACUCUAGAAUUGCCAUGAUUUCCUGUCCCAAAACUCUAGAAUUGCCAUUACUUCCUGUCCUAGACCUAGAUAGAGCUAGACAUCUCACUAUGCUGGUCAUGUACACAUCCACUUGCUCUCCUUUUAUUGAACUGUAUAAUAAGCUUUCAGUCUCAACUGCUGCAAACUGUUUUUUUCUGUGUUCAUGUGGCACCUUGAACUGUUUUUGCACAAAUUAAAAUCAAAAUAUUAAAUAUAAUUUUUCAAUGAA